UCGUGUAAUUGUGUCAAGGACUACGGACAAUAUUACUACGUCGCACACGCAGAGAGCAGCCGCAAAGACGGCCUCGCGCACGCCCAGGACACUUCGCGCACUCAGAUCGACGCGGGCGCCUAUUCUGGCACCAGUCGAAUGUGCGACUCUCGACCGUCGACGCCGCCGCCCCUUCUGCGCUGCUACGCCUGCUCAAUCUUGCUGUGUGUGGACCAUAACGCCCUCCCUGCGCUCUCUGACGUCGACUAGGCCUGUAUUACUGUCUGUAUGUGCGUGCGCAAGGUUGCGCUGAUCCGCCACGUCUUGGAUGCCGGUGGCUCGUUGUGCGCGCGCGCGCCGGGCUGGGGACUUCGCGAGAGAGCGUUUGCCACUUCGACGGCCGCGCGAGCAGUCGAACAUGUGGGCGAGAGAGACGUCUGUUGCGGCCGGAGAGCGUCCCGGCGUGCUCUAUACCGCCCGCGCGGGCGUACCGUGGCAUCAGCUCGCCGAUGCCGACAUUGGGCCGGCGCUGGUAUCGUGACAGGGAACGCUCCGGUUCGUUCGACGCUCGUAGUCGUCUAGCGGCGCACCUGUGUCGGCUUCAUCAACUGCACUCCUCUGACCGCAUUCGAGACUCCGGGAGGCGAAGCGUACCUUCCAAGUCCCACACUGGACGCUGCAUCUCUCCGGUGGGUUCCUUGGCUUUGGCAGCCCCUAGAACGCUUCCUGCGUGUAUGGUAACGCGCGUAGACCCCAAACGCUUCGCGAAAUGACAUCGAGGAGAGGCCGGGAUGCUCGGCGCGCUCCCCCGGGACAUGGGCGCCUAUUCCGACAGGACUCGGAAUUGCGAAGUCCCCGACCGCCGCUGCUUUCCAUUCGACCGCGACCUUCGACGUCUGCUCGCCCUUGCGCUGAGGAGUCCCUCCGCAAUGCGCCGGCAUGCUGGUGCCUCCUCCCGCAUGCGCCCUCUGCUGCCAAAUCGCAUAUGCAUCUUACGCUUCCGGUCCGGUGGCUCGCCUGAGUAUGUGUCCACCGUCGCGUGCCCGGAACCUGCGCACACGUUCUGGCCCAGCGCUUGCGCUCCGAAUGGGAGACCCCUCCGUAAUCGAGUGCUCGUGCCACCGCGGCACGCGGCACGCUCACGAGCGUCUUCUACCGACUCACGAGCGCGCGGGUGGUCGGAGAACGAGGUGGGAGACUUCUCUUAUGCCAAGUAUGCAUCCAGGGGAUCUUCAAAGCAUUCCCGGGAGUCUUGCAGACCUGUGCCGGGUACAUUGUGUAUGCGUAAGGACGUGUUUCGCGUGCAGGACGCCAUUCGGGACUCGUAACUGCGCACUGAUGACUGCUCGACGUCAGCUGGAAAGCCUUUCGCGCGAAUGGCAGCGUGCAGGCUCCGGUCAAGCGACGAUGGGCGUCGCUCGACAGAUCUGGGAGACGCCGGGAGACUCGGCGCGCUCAUCCGGAUACGGGCGCUUAUUGCGACGGAAGGCCAAGUCUCGCGCCGCCGCCUUGCUCUGUGCCAUGACCUUUGAUCCUUCUCGCUCUGGGGAUGCCGCGAGACGCUAGGAUGCCCUCCCGACCUUAUGCGCGCUCCCCUGCCGAUGUUUCCGCCGUCUGCCAACCUCCGCUGCUCUGCAUGUGCACACGCCCGCGCGACCCAACCACGCCUUUGUAUAUGCGUGGCUGGGAUGCGAGCGCAUGUUCGCAGUCGUGCGCACUAAGAAACGGGACUAUCUGCACUUCGCAUUGCCGUCUUGCGAGGGCGCGCGCCAACGUGCAGCACGCACCAAAAAUCAGUAUCACCUUCUGGUGCGGGAGUAUGCUUUUCGGUACGUCCGAACCAGGUCGAGUACCCGUCCACGACGUCCCGGGCCUCGCGCUGCGGAAGCACUAAACCUCGCG